AAGAGCAAUCCGUGUGGAGAUCCGCGCGCGGCGGUGUCGCGCACGGAUUAUUGUAGACUAUUUUAUUCCUCUUCCACUGAGGAGGUUCUGGCUCCGAGCGUCUGAUCUGGAGGGGAAAAGGAAUACAAACGCACCGGGAAUAAGAGGAGUAUUUUAUACUCGCUCCCUCCGUUAACAAGUGACUGCGCCGCGGCGGAAGAAAGUGGGAUAUAACGGCCUUUAUUUGCCACCAUCGGGGAUGCGAAUAACUGUUUUUCUGAGGGGAUACGAGCGCUCACCCACAAAGAAUACGGAUUUUAAAAGCUGUCCCCCGUAAACCAACUAGGGGGUAGCCUCGAAUACUUCUCUCACGCCGCUGAAAGUGCCAAGCCGUCCUGCGUGAAGACCCCAACCUUCCCUGCGCAGUCGGGGCCUCGGCUCUCCAGCCAGGUCAAAGAUCAGUCCCACCCCGCCCCUCCCUGCCCCCCUUUCCCUCCUGGAGCCAAGAUGGCCACCAGCAGUGCCCCUCGCCUCUCCUUGCCACUCCUGCUGCCUGUCACCACUCUGCUGCUAUCACUGCUGCUCACCGGCUCCCACGCCUUAUCACCACCGCGGUUCACUAAAGUUCCCGUCGACCAGAUUGGCGUCUCAGGGGGCGUGGUCUCCUUUGUGUGCCAGGCGACGGGCGACCCCAAGCCAAGGGUUAGCUGGAACAAGAAAGGCAAGAAGGUCAACUCCCAGCGUAUAGAGACCAUUGAGUUUGACGAGGGUGCUGGCGCCGUUCUCAGAAUCCAGCCUCUCCGAGCGCCGCGUGAUGAGAACAUCUAUGAAUGCGUUGCUGAGAACACCGAGGGCGAGAUCACAGUCAAUGCCAGGCUGUCCAUCAUCCGAGAGGACCUACUUCCACCAGGCUUCCCUAACAUUGACAUGGGCCCUCAACUGAAAGUGGUGGAGCGCACUCGAACAGCCACCAUGCUCUGUGCUGCCAGUGGCAACCCUGACCCAGAAAUCACCUGGUACAAAGACUUCCUGCCCAUUGACCCCAGUGCGAGUAAUGGACGGAUCAAACAGCUACGCUCAGGUGCCUUGCAGAUCGAGAACAGCGAGGAGACCGACCAGGGGAAGUACGAGUGCGUGGCGUCUAAUGUGGAAGGCGUGCGCUACUCGUCCCCUGCUAACCUUUAUGUGCGAGUCCGGCGGGUGCCUCCUCGUUUCUCCAUUCCACCCACGAGUCAGGAAAUUAUGCCUGGUGGCAGUGUGAACAUAACGUGUGUGGCAGUGGGGUCGCCCAUGCCUUACGUCAAGUGGAUGCUGAACUCAGAGGACUUGACACCGGAGGACGAGAUGCCAGUGGGCAGGAACGUUCUCGAACUGAGCAGCGUUCGGGAGUCAGCCAACUACACCUGCGUGGCCAUGAGCAGCCUUGGCAUCAUUGAGGCUGUAGCGCAGAUCACUGUCAAAUCUCUCCCCAAGCCUCCAGGUACUCCUGUGGUUACUGAAACCACGGCCACCAGUGUGACCAUCACCUGGGACUCAGGCAACCCAGACCCAGUGACUUACUAUAUAAUCCAGUAUCGGGCCAAGUCCCCAGACAGCAAAUAUGAGACGGUGGAUGACAUCACCACCACACGGUACAGCAUUGGCGGCCUUUACCCCAACACAGAGUAUGAAAUCCGCGUCUCAGCCGUCAACACAAUUGGCCAGGGUCCCCCCAGUGAGCCAGUAGAAACCCGGACUGGUGAACAGGCCCCUGCCAGUCCACCACGAAACAUCCAGGCCCAGAUCAUAUCUCAAAACACCAUGAUGGUGCGCUGGGAAGAGCCUGAGGAGCCUAAUGGGCAGAUCAAGGGCUACCGCGUUUAUUACACGAUGGACGACUCCCAACCUAUGAGCCUCUGGCAGAUCCAUAAUGUCCAGGAUAGCAUCAUCACCACUAUCCAGAGCCUGGUUCCUCAAGAGACAUACACAAUCAAAGUCCUAGCAUUCACCUCUGUAGGAGACGGACCCUUCUCUGAGCCCAUCCAUGUCAAAGUACUCCAGGGAGUUCCAGGUCAACCAUCCAAAUUCCAGGUUGGUGCUGUGUCUGACACCAGCAUUGAACUGACUUGGGAACCUGCCUAUGAGAAAGAAGGAAUUAUAAAUUAUGAACUUCGCUACAGCGACCGCAGUUUGGGCACCCAGAUGAAGAAAAUAUUUGCACCAACAUCUUCCUAUGUUGUGGAAGGUCUCCGCCCAAACACAGAGUACCACUUCUCCCUGGCAGCCAUCUCUAACAAAGGCAUUGGAGCCUUCACCAAUGACAUAUCACAGAAGACCUUACAAGCCAAGCCCUCAGCCCCCCCUCAAGACAUUAAGUGCAGCAGCUCCAGCUCCACCACCCUAGUGGUAAGUUGGCACCCCCCGCCUUUGAAGAGUCAGAACGGUGUCCUGGCGGGGUAUAGGGUGCGCUACCAGGUGGUGGGCCCGCCAGAAGGUGGCAGUGACGACGAGGAGCCCAUGGAGGAGCCCACAAUCCCUGCCACUGAAGAGCAGGUGCUGCUGCAGCGAUUGGAGAAAUGGACCCAGUACCGCAUCACAGUGUCUGCCUUCACUGUGAUUGGGCCAGGCCCUGAGAGCAAGCCCCUGAUCUGCCGCACCGACGAAGACGUUCCAGGGGCUCCUCCGAGGCGGGUAGAAGUGGAGGUCCUCAACUCCACAGCACUGAAGGUGAUGUGGCGCUCCCUGACGCCAGGCAAGCAGCACGGUCAGAUCCGUGGCUACCAGGUUCACUAUGUACGCGUGGAAAAUGGCGAGUCACGGGGCCUGCCCCUCAUCAAGGACGUCAUGCUGGCCGAUGCCCAGGAAAUGGUCAUUGGAGGACUCAAGCCAGACACCACUUACUCCAUCACGGUGGCUGCGUACACCACCAAGGGGGAUGGAGCCCGGAGCAAACCCAAACUGGUGGUGACCAAAGGGGCAGUGCCUGGCCCACCCUAUCUGUCAGUGGCUCAGGACUCAGAGACAUCAGCUGUGGUUCGCUGGGACCCUCCAGACCUGACCAAUGGCAUGGACCUGCAGGGUUACCGGCUCCAGUUUGGCCGGAGAGAUGUCUCUCCUUUGGCCACACUGGAAUUUGCUCCCCAAGAACGACAGUACUCUGUGGUCAACAUUCACCGAGGGGCCACCUAUCUCUUUAAAAUCUCAGCCAAGAGCAGGGGGGGCUUUGGGGAAGAAGUUGUGGUGGAACUCAAUGUGCCCGAGAAAACGCCAGGGGGAUACCCUCAAAUUGACGAGGGCUCCAACGUGACAUGCUGCUCAGUGCAGCUGUCCUGGUCUCCACCCGUGCUGGCGGAGAGAAACGGGGUAAUCACAGAGUACACUUUGGCCUAUAAGGAAGCCGGUACUGGAGGAGCACCACGGGAGCUCCGCUUGCCCCCCAGCCUGUCCAGCUAUGUGCUCAACAGCCUCAAACCGAACUCGGCGUACGAUGUGAAAAUACGCGCACAUACCAGUGUAGGUCCAGGGCCCUACAGCCCGCCUAUCCAGUAUCGGACGGUGGCCUUUGAUCCAACAGACGUUCCAAAGAAUUUCACUGUCAAGUGGGCCACCAAGACCACAGUGGUCCUUGCAUGGAAGUUUUCUGAAAGCAGGUCUCCAUACAAAUGCACGAUUGAGUACAACCGUCAGAGGAUGGAUGUGGAUGCCAAGCAGAUGAGAGUACUCAUCACUGGGCUGAAGCACAACACCACCUACGAGUUCAGGGUGACCUGCCAAGAAAGCAUGGAUGGUGGGCCAAGGCACCGUGUGGUUGCCAAGACCGCUCCUCUCAUCCUGGUCAAGAAACCCAAGCUGGACAUCUACGCAGAGCCUGACAACAUGCUCACCAUGUCCUUCCCACAGGUCGAUAACAAGGAUGUCAAGAAUUUCUAUGUGGUUGUGGUGCCGCUUAAGUGGACCCCAGGAACUGUCAAAAACCUGAAGAACCCUGAUGAGAUGGACAUGGAAGAGCUGUUGCGGGAUGUGACCCCAAAGCGUCGUUCACGCCGUCAGCUGGCUCAGCUGGACCAGAGGAAGCCCUACAUCACAGCCUGCUUCAGGCAGCUGCCCCCCAGCUUCACGGUGGGAUCUGACCACCGCCACAGCAUCUGUGAGAACAAGCCUCUUGAACAUGGCCAUGAGUAUGUCUUCUUCCUGCUGGCUGAACUCAAUGCCACCAGCGGGAAAAUGUUUGCUACCAGCCCUUACACCGACACAGUGAUGACUCCCGUGGUGGUGGACCCCCUUCCAGUAGAGACUGGUGAUGGACUCAUAUGGGUGGUGGGCCCAGUCCUGGCAGUGGUCUUCAUCAUCUGCAUCGUCAUUGCCAUUCUCCUGUAUAAAAACCGCAAAAGAAAAGAGUCCGAGCCGCGCACAAAAUGUCUGCUGAACAAUGCAGACAUUACGCCCCACCACCCGACAGACCCUGUGGAGAUGAGACGCAUCAACUUCCAAACUCCAGAUUCUGGUCUAAGCAGUCCUCAGAGUGAAGCAGAUUUUGACUAUGAAAGUAUGAUGAAUCAUCCUCCCAUCCCUAUCUCUGAGUUGGCCGAACACACUGAGCUGCUCAAGGCCAACGACAAUCUGAAGCUCUCACAGGAAUAUGAGUCCAUCGAUCCAGGCCAGCAGUUCACCUGGGAACACUCCAACCUGGAGGUGAACAAGCCCAAAAAUCGUUACGCCAACGUCAUCGCCUACGACCACUCCCGCGUCAUCCUGGCUCCCAUCGAGGGUAUCACAGGGAGCGAUUACAUCAAUGCCAACUACAUUGAUGGCUACAGAAAGCAGAAUGCCUACAUCGCCACCCAGGGUCCAUUACCGGAGACAUUCGGGGACUUCUGGAGGAUGGUGUGGGAACAGAGAGCAGCCACUGUGGUCAUGAUGACCAGGCUGGAGGAGAAGUCACGGAUUAAGUGCGACCAGUACUGGCCCAGUCGCGGCACAGAAACCUAUGGUAUGACCCAGGUGACCCUGUUGGACACCAUAGAACUGGCCACUUUCUGCGUCCGCACUUUCUCCUUGCACAAGAAUGGCUCUAGUGAGAAGCGGGAGGUUCGUCAGUUCCAGUUCACGGCGUGGCCUGACCAUGGCGUACCAGAGUACCCGACCCCCUUCCUGGCCUUCCUCCGCAGGGUGAAGACCUGCAACCCGCCUGACGCCGGACCCAUCAUCGCCCACUGCAGCGCGGGUGUCGGCCGGACAGGUUGCUUCAUCGUCAUCGACGCCAUGCUUGAGCGCAUCAAGCACGAGAAGACGGUCGACAUUUACGGCCACGUGACGCUGAUGCGCUCGCAGCGGAACUACAUGGUGCAGACAGAGGACCAGUACAGCUUCAUUCACGACGCACUGCUGGAGGCAGUGGCCUGCGGCAACACUGAAGUGGCUGCCCGGAGCCUCUAUUCCUACAUCCAGAAGCUGGCCCAGGUGGAGAGCGGGGAGCAUGUCACCGGCAUGGAGCUGGAGUUCAAGCGUUUAGCCAACUCCAAAGCCCACACGUCGCGCUUCAUCAGUGCCAACCUUCCCUGCAACAAGUUCAAGAAUCGGCUGGUCAACAUCAUGCCCUACGAGACUACGCGCGUCUGCCUGCAGCCAAUCAGAGGCCUGGAAGGAUCUGACUACAUCAAUGCCAGCUUCAUUGAUGGAUACAGGCAACAGAAGGCCUACAUCGCGACGCAGGGCCCUCUGGCAGAGACUACAGAAGACUUCUGGAGAAUGCUCUGGGAGAACAACUCCACCAUCGUAGUCAUGUUGACCAAACUGAGAGAGAUGGGACGGGAAAAGUGUCACCAGUACUGGCCUGCGGAGCGCUCUGCCAGGUACCAGUACUUUGUGGUUGAUCCCAUGGCGGAGUACAACAUGCCCCAGUACAUCCUCCGAGAGUUCAAGGUCACAGAUGCCAGGGAUGGCCAGUCUAGGACAGUAAGGCAGUUCCAGUUUACUGAUUGGCCGGAGCAAGGCGUGCCCAAAUCCGGGGAGGGAUUCAUUGAUUUCAUUGGCCAGGUGCAUAAAACCAAGGAGCAGUUUGGACAGGAUGGACCAAUCUCCGUCCACUGCAGUGCCGGCGUGGGCAGGACCGGAGUCUUCAUCACCCUCAGCAUCGUCCUGGAGCGAAUGCGCUAUGAAGGCGUGGUUGAUAUCUUCCAGACUGUGAAGAUGCUGCGGACACAGAGGCCAGCCAUGGUCCAGACUGAGGAUGAGUACCAAUUCUGCUAUCACGCAGCUCUGGAGUAUUUAGGAAGCUUUGAUCACUAUGCAACGUAAAAAGCCAUCUCUUCCCCCCAGAAUCCUGUCGCCCCCCUCAACAGUCUCCUGAGCCAUAGAAACUUUGAAAUUUGAAACGACGACAGCAGACGACAAUAACAUCAUCAUUAAUUCAGACACACCCAACAGGAUCCUAUUGUAGAUUUUUCUUUUUUAGAAGACGACGGCCAACCAACCAGUUUAGAGUAAUUCCAAUUCGACCAAGAGACCCUUCGUGAGGAAAAUUGCCCACCAUCUAGAAACGAAAAUCCUCAUCCUGAGAGGAACCAGACGCUGUGGCUCAAGCUGUGGGGCGGGAAUCGAUCAAAGUGUCAGACUGCUUACCUUACCUCAAGUGUUUCAAUGUGGAGGACAUUGUAAACAUUCGUGGACAUUUCUCUUCUCAAAAAUAUCUUCGUGAUACAAUGGUAACAAGCAACAGAUGAUGAAGGAGAAGGAAACAGCAAAAAUCAGUGAGUGGCAGAAGGAUGUAGCCAAGAUGGGAUGACUUUCUUGUUUUUUUUGAUAUGCCUCGGUGCAGAAGGGAGUUCAAGUAUUUCUAUCUACACAUUUUGUGAGUGAUAUCCAGAGAAGUGACCAAGUUGUGGUUGCCUGUGUGGACACAAAUGGUUUUCCCCAAAUUCUGCUAAGACAAAAACAUAAAAACCAACCAGCUUGGGUUUUGUAAGCCGUCCCGCCGAUGAUAUGCAUAAUCUGUGUGGAAAAACGCUCAACUAUUAAAGUACACAUCACGUAACCGCCUGUUCUCCAGUGUAAGAGCUUAGAGAAGGCGCUGUCGGUGGUUGUCGGGGAAAGGAAGCAGCAGCACAUAUCUUAAGAUCUGUUAAUUCAUGAAUUAUGAACUGUAAAAUCUGAAUCCCAAGCCAGGUAACCACGGUGAUGUUGACAAGUACCACAGGGUGUUCGAAAAGUGCCCCACGAGGCUCCGUCGCCAGAGAAAUGGGGGGAAACCUCGGCUGUCGCGAGAAGCCGCCGCUGGGUCGUCUCGCAGAUGGUCAAGCUGGGAGAAAUGGCAACCGAGUCCCAUGAUUUUUUACAAUCACUCCUCUCUGUGGAACCAUUGGCUUCGGCAUCAACAUCCACCAUUUUUGAACAUGAGGUAAAUCUGGUGGGCGAGAAGCUUUGGAACAAACGGAUCAACCAAACAUGGAUCACCGCGGAGUCGGGGCUUUGUUUGUGUACAGUGACCAACGCUCAUCAUCAUUGUUUCGAACUUUUUUUUGUCUUAUGAGGAAUUAUCUUUUUUUUCUUCUUCUUCUUCUUGUUUUUAUUUUCUGUCGAAACCAAACAUGCUGCUUAUCUCGUGUAUGCUGUACGUGUGACUCUUGAGGGAGAGGAACCUUGACGAACAAAAGAUGCCAGCUCUGCUAAGCGCUCGCGCCCAGGCGGGGCGUGACUGAAAGCGCAUCCACGUGACAACAUCGUCCGCCGGUCUUUUCCACCUCUCCUUUUACUUUUCCAGCCUCCUCUAUAGUCAUCUCUUUCAUUGUGUGAGACACUCGAGAGUGGCAGAGGCCUGCUGCGGUUACAAAGCUGUGCGUUGAUGUGGUUGAAAAACUGGCCUUUAGUUCCACUGUAUGUGUGUUUGGUAACAGGUGGAUAAACAAAGUAGUCGCUUUGAUUUUUGUCCUCCGUUUUAUAGAUGAUGUCUCUGUGGAUGCCACAGCCAGACCAGGCAGCCAUGUUGGAUCUCGAUGCCAUGAUGUGAUAAUGAAAUUCUUUGGUACAAGUUACUUGCACAUCCCUGAGAUAAAAAAAAAGAAAAGAAACUUGAAACAACUACUCCAAAAACAACUGCAGGUCGGAUUUGACGCACUAAUGUACAUGUGUCUGAUUUAAGAAAAAAAAAAAAUGAAGCUUUUGAAACCACCAGGUUAUGAUUUUGAGAUCAGUCUUUCGGUAGAGGCGAGUGUGUGGAUUCUGUGAAGGCGGGUGUGCACAAGAACCAGAGUGAUGGACAGAACUGUGUGUAAUCUUUUCUUAUUUCCAAAAAAGCCUUAUUGUUAUUGUAACAUGAUGAAAACAUUAAUGUUGUAUUAUGACGACUUAUUUUACAUUACAUAGUUGACUUUUUAUUUUCUUUUUUGGUUUAGUUUUUUAACAGAGACGUUGUAUCACAUUUUUUAAAAAAUUAGCAGGAAAAGAGAAAUGCUUAUUUGUUCAUAUUACGUUUAAAGACAUUCUAUUUUUUCACUGUAGAAAUGCUAAGUAUAGCAUGUCUGUGUGUAUGUGUGCAUAUAUGUAUGUAUGUAUAUAUAUACUGCACACUCACACAUGCAUAUAUAUUUAAAUGCAGAAUAUAAAGAUAUAUCCAAACACUUAGUAUUAAUUCAGUUUUUCUCCUCAUCAUCCUUUUUUUUUUAUACCAGCCAGCGCUCAUGUUUGAAAAUAUGACUUUUUAUUAGUUUAUUUUUGUUUGUGUGUUUGUUUUUUGUAAUCUUAGAGACCUCGUGUGUUUCUCGAGAAAAAGCAGAGGUGGUGUCAGUGCUACACCUGAAUCCUCUGCCUCCACUCACCAGUUUAACUUCUACCCCCGGGUAGACCCUGUGCCGAUGAGGAGACGCCAUUUUUAAACCUUGUUGAGAUUCUUUAUUAUCAUUAACUUGUAGCCAUUAGUAUUCUUUUUAUUUUGUUUUAUUUUAUUUUAUUUGCAACUGUUUAAUGAUGAACCGGUCUACAAAAUAUCUAAUCAAUCAAUAAUUUCAUUAUUGAACUUUUUUGUUAUCUUUGUCAGCCCAACUCGACAUACUGUACCUCGAUCGAUUAUUUUCAGACAUAAUGUGGUCAUUCAUUUUGUUAGAUAUCCACUAUGAUCUAGAAUAUACCUGUAAAUAAACAAAUAUAUAGAUUAUAUGUAUUUGUAUCAUUUGACCCUCGAGAUCUCAUACUUUAAGUGGGAACAGAGUUACAAAGAGGUUCUGCUCAUAUCCGACUUCCUGGUGUUUGUAAAGCCUGUUUUCUCUCCUUCUGAAAUGUUCUUUCUCCAGCCCUGCUCCCUGCUCUUUAAUUACCACUCGCUCCUUCUUCUUUUUUUUCCCCCCUACCUUUAAUUUCCCCUGCUAGCAGUUAAACUGGGAAACAAGCCAGCUCCUGUUCUCACACCUAUAGCCUCAAUGAGGGCAUGAAAUCAGCAUCAGCGAUCUGCUGGUACAAUUUAACUGAGGAUGGGAAGUUAGUCCAUUCUACCAACCAACCAUUUAAUCUGGUAAUCAACCUUCAAUUCAACGUCCUGUUGCGUUGUCAUCCUCAAUGUGGACAAGAAUUAUUUCCUGCCCUGGCAUUAGAACGGGUUUACAAGAGAUAAGAUGGGCUUCUCUCUUUCACGCCAUGGAAGGACUAGAGGGGUUUAAAUGGAUUCUAUUUGAAUAAUUGGACCUCCAACUUCUUCAAUUCCAACCAAAAAAGGGGAAAUACAAAGGUGUAGAUUCUUAAUUUUUUGCUGCUGUGAGAGACAAUAGCACCCAAAGGUGUUUUUCAUUCCUUAAAAGUUUCCAGCAAAUCCUCAGAAGCAGCCAGUCCAGCUGCCUGAAAUGCCAAGGUGUUGUCCAUGAACAUGUCAUUGGCUGAUGGACACAUGCAGCUACACUAAAGGCCGCAAAUACUUCACUUGCAACAUGACAUGUUGGUUUAUUUUCUCCCUAUUGCAUUUUAAGCGUUGUAUAGAACCAUACUCUGUGUUUCUGUUCAGCCGUGUUUCGUUGUGGGAUGCAGAAAGAAAUCAGGACUCAAUGAAACAGAGCAGAGCGGUGCAACCGAGGGAAGACCGAGACAACCAAAAACUUGCUGCAAAUUCACAUUUCCAGCACGUCAUUUCUGAUCAGUGGGGACCUCGAGAUGUUUCAUAACGAACUAAAAUCCUCAGCUGAAGUCUUUUGGAGCUGGAAACGACCGGUAAAAGGGGCCCAUGCCAAAACUGAAACCAUGGCAGUCUUCGGAAGCUUGUGCAAUGUGUUACUCUUUUGACUUCAUGUAAAGAUGCUAGACUUUUGAAAACAGCCGCCAAAUGUACCGGAACGUGUCGCAGAAUAUUCGGGGGUGGGGGACUAACAAAAAAAACAAAAAAACAACACUAACAAAAAAAAAUGACUUCAAGAAGAAUAGAACAUAUACAGUACAUACCAACAAAAUGAAAAAGAACCCAAACUCAGCAAAAUAGUUUUUCCUUUGUAUGAGGGCCAAGAGCUAUCACUUUCAAACUGUUACUUCUAACUGAAACAAUAAUUGGUUUAAAGCCACUGUGUAUGUAGAUAUGUUGACUUUGUAUUAAAGAAAUGUUGUC